AUGGCAUCAUUCGAUGAUAUUCUCAUGACAAAUACAUUUAGUCUACAAACAACACCUAUUCGAUGUCUUCUCAUUUCACCAUUUUUUUGGGCUCUAAUUACAUUAUGUUUUGCUUUUAUUAUUCUACUUAUCAUGGGAAUUUUAUACUAUUCACCAACAGGAAAGAAGCAUUUUCAACGUCUUGAAAAGGUUUUUCGUCAUUCCGAUCUAAUUGGUAACGGAGAAUUAUGGUUUGGUGGACUUAUUUCAUUUGCUAUCAUUGUACUUAUUAUCUAUAGUUUUUGGUUUGGUACAGUUUUUGUUAUAAAAUAUCCAGUAGAAACAUCAAGUGAUAGUUAUUUUGUAUGUGAUACAUCAUUAAGAAAUACUCAAUUUAGUUCAGCUCUACAAUUAUUAGCUACAAUUAAAUCUGUUGACGAAACACCUAUAUUUGAUAUGCUUGAUAUGCAAGAAUUUACUAUGACUGUCAAUUUUGUACAAACAGAUUAUACUUGUGAUGAUGUUACUGCACAGGAAAAUAUUGGCACUUAUUCAGUAGCAUUACCACGAUCAUAUUAUAUUGGUGGUGUUUGUAUAUGUCUUAUGGGUUCUCGUUCUGCAAGUAAUGAUUCAUCAUACGUAGUUCAAACUAUGGACUAUUGCCAAUUAUUUUUUACAUCCGAUCAAACUCUUAGUCAAACAACAGAAAUCAAUUUUGCCCUUACGAAAGUUAUUAAUCGAACAGAAUCAUUAGAUUAUAGUGGUUCAACUAAUUAUAGUGGUAUAUGGAUUCCAACAUCGACUCAUGGAUCACUCAAUGAUCGUCUUGUUUAUUCACAACAAGGCGCUUUUCUUCGCUAUCUAUCUACACAACAUACACUUAUUAUCACUUUUAGUGAAACAGAAUUCUAUGUUAUCAAUAGACAAGAACCAAUUUCACGAAUGGGAGAAAUUCUUUUUCAUAAUAUACUUUUUACAACGACUAUUAUUGGUAUCUUUGCAUUAGCCUUUCUUGUUUUUAAAUUGACGUUUAUGCCAAUAGUGGAAUGGAUUAUUAGACAUGAAAAGUUGUUAUUACAUUUUUGUAAAUUAAGAAAAGAAAGAUCAACACAAAAUGAUAAUACACUUUAA